AUGGAAGCUCUAACUGAGAUAGACUGCUAUCGGGUUCUUGGUAUUACGCAAUCUGCUACGGCGGUAGAGAUUAAAAAAGCGUACCGGGAAAAAUUGUUGACUACCCAUCCGGACAAGAACCCUGGCACAUCAUCAGCUGAAUUCUGCAAGGUGCAAGAAGCAUACGAAAUCUUACAAGAUGAAGGAAAGCGGGCUGCGUUUGACAAAACAUAUGCAGAUAUUCAUGCGCAGAGGGACACGCACGAGCCAGGAGAGAGUCGCGGACGGAAGGAGAACAAGGAACAAUGGAGUUUUCCCUACUACUCAACGCCAGCCCCGGCUCCAGAGAAGCCUUACAUGCCACGAAGGCCUUACAUGCCACGAAGAAGGUCUUCGAGACCUUACCAUGCAAGUGCUCCGUCUACAAGCACAAGGAAUCAAACUACCCAACGCAGAUCACACUCACCAGACAAGCCAAGAGCACGCUCGCCAACCCCAAAAGAGCACCUCCCCUAUAAACAGCACCGGUCUUCAAAGUCGGAUUCGACUGCGCAGCGGCCGCAUCAUUCAUCGAAGCGACACACACACACCCGAUCAGAUCCGUCAUACAAUUACAAAACUAUCAGACCGCACUGGGCGGAAAGAGAAGAAUAUGACGACUAUUAUUACGAUGAUAUUCCCGUGAUUGCACCAAUAUGGCGUCGACCCGAAGAAUCACCACGAUAUCGUGAAAUCCACAUGGACACCCUGCAUAGCCUGUGCAAUGUGCGCAUCCCCCGAACUUCGAGCGGCAAAAUAUCCGUAAACCCAGGCUCAGGGCCUACUCCCGAUAUUUGCUUGAUUUCACCAACACGCACGAGUUCAGGCGCAACCACCACCAGCAACGACGGAUAUGGCGUGACCAUAGUCAAACCACGCAGCCGCAACAAACCCACGUACAAAAUAAUCACCCCCCGCCCCAACCAAGCACGAUGCCCGUCGUCGCUACCAUCUUCGCAAUACCAUACCGUGACGGUCAAGCCGUCAAAGAAGGACAUGCACAAUCUGCUGUACGACUACCCAGAGCGAGCGGGCCGUGCCAGUAAUUUCCGGGGAAGCCUUUAUGAGGAGGAUUACAGACGGACUCAAGGCAUGCGCUGCUUUUAA